UUUUCACCCACAAACCGUCAUUGGCAGCCCAAGUAGCGUUCCUAUGACCCCUCCUCUUCCACUCACCUUAAACCAUGCCAAUUCCUCCGUAUAUACUCUCGACACCGUUCACUACGAUGACCAUGCUCCCUUAAUAACCCCUCAGACCCCUUCCUACGGUGUCGUAGUUCCCCGAUCUCCAACUCGUCCAUCCUCACGCAAGCUUGUCUUCAAUGCCACUCUCAAGAUGCUCUGCAUAUUUCUUGGAAGCUCGCUUCUUCUCGGAGGUAUUCUAUGGGCUGCUUUGCCAACCUUGGAAGAAGAGGAUCGCCCACUUUUGCGUAUACCAAGGUCCUUUGAUCAACUUCAGCAGCUCAACCUCCUUCUCAAGAAGUACCGUGACAUCUAUCCCUACCGAAUCGUCAUAUCUUACAUUGUCACUUACCUAUUUCUUCAAGCCUUUUCCCUUCCCGGAUCUAUGUAUCUCUCCAUCUUGGGCGGUGCUGUCUGGGGUAUAGCAAGGGCUUUACCAUUAGCAUGCUGUUGUGUAGCAACCGGCGCCACCCUAUGCUACCUACUCUCCGCAGCUCUCGGACCAGCUCUUCUCACUUUUCCAAGGUGGAAAGCACGAUUAGACAAGUGGGCUCUCAAGAUUCAAGACAACAAGGAAAACAUGAUGUCUUUCCUCAUUGUCCUACGCAUUGCUCCUCUACCACCCCACUGGAUGGUGAAUAUCAUUGCUCCUCACGUCGGCAUCGGCAUCAUUCCCUUUUGGAUCAGCACUGCUUUGGGUAUACUAGGUGUCACCGUCAUUCAUACCACUAUCGGUAGCGGUUUGGACGAAAUGACGAGCGCCGACGACUUCCACCUCCUAAGUUGGAAAAACUUCUUGGGCCUCAGUGCAAUAGUCGUAGGUGUCUUGAUACCCGUUGGUUUGCGGUAUUACUUCAGGCGAGAAGUAGCGGACGUGGGCACUGUUGAAGCGGAUGAAGAACUUGGGGAAGCCGUAUCGGGUAUCUCGGACGCGGACCCGGAAGUAGAAGACCGAAUCUUGGCUGUCGGCCCCAGAGCGGCGAACAAGAUCAAAGCAGCGAGCGUUCCGACUACGAAUACCACUUACUACGAGGAGAAUGAUGAUGACGAUGACGAGGAUAUCAUACUGGAAGCAGGUCCAGCACUUCAACCUGAUACUGCGAAAGACCACGAUGAUUGAUUAGCGUAACGACCGUGUAAUGCAUGUACAUAGACGACGACCUUAUUUAUUACACCGCCGAUUUGUGUAUGUACUUUCUAGGAAGUUCAUUUUGGUGUCA